AUGCCGCUGCUCGACCGCACAGCGGCGGGGCUGGAGCCGGCCGGGCUCCAGCGGCUGCUGCCCAACGUGUCAAAAGCCAGCGGCACGUCGCCUGGUACCCUGCAGGCCCUGUUGUCACAGCGAGGAAUGCACGGAUCCGAUCCGCGAGACGGCUAUUUCGACAUGUACACUCCAGAGCUGUCCCAGGUCGAGCCACUCAAUGCCUCGGCCUUUUUGCUCGACUUCCUGUACCCAAAGGGCACCUUGACCUUUGUCCGGAGGCUGUCCAGAGCCACAGACCGCCGUGGCCGGGCAGACAGCUCAACCACCGCACCCACAUCCACCACGAAUCCUACGCAGACCGCAAAUUCCCCACGAAAACCAGCACCGAUACGACACUUUCGAUCCCUCCUCUCCUCCUCUGCGGCGGUAUCCGAUGGCGCCCAGGUCCAGAGCCAUCCAACGGCUGCGGCUGAUUACGCUUCUCACAGAGCCGCGGAUCUGUUUCGCAGCGACGUUGGCGGUCUGGCUCGGGCACCUCGCGAGGACCAGGGUGCCGUUCUUGUCGACCUGACGCAACUCCUCCAGCUGCGGCCGACAGCCACCGACCACGACGCCUUUGAGCGGGUGUGGGACCUGUACAGCCGGCUGGACGACGGGCCGCAAAAGACGGCGGUGAACCGCGCGGCCCUGCAGUUUCUGACGCCGUCCAAGCGGCCGACGGAAGCACACAGGGUCCUUCGUCUCUUUGAAACGAUUGACCCGUCGCAGUGGGACGCCGCCACUGUCGCCGCGGCCAUCAACACCCAGCUGCGCCUCCGAAACCGGACGGAAGCUCUCGCCAUCUUCCAGCGCAGCACGACCACGGGUGCUUGGGCAGACGGCGCAGCACCCGGGCUCGACCUGCUGAUCGCUAAUGCACUCAAGACGCUCUCGUGGGACGCCAUCUCGGCCGCGUGGAGCGUCUACAAGAAGAAGACCGGGCGGGUCAAGGCCGAGGAGCCGCUGCUCACGGCCGUUGUUGAGCUGCUGGGCCUGCAGGACAAGAUGCAGAUGUUCGCCGAGUUUAUCGAUAUGGCGGCCCAGAAAACACAGAAGCCGGAGCAGCCAGAGCUCUCAGAGUCGCCUGAACAGCUCGCGGCCCUCGAGCUGGCUGAGCACAACACCGACCCGGCCGAGCGCCUGGACCUCGAGUCCCUCAAAGAGGCAUUCAAGGCCAUUCUCGAGGCCUCGCUGAACCGCCUCGAUCCGGACGCCGCCUUGCCCCUCGUGCGGUCUCUGACAAACCCGCGUGUCCUCGAGAACUUCAUCCAGGUCCUCAUCAACAACAAGCGCUUCGACUUGGCAGCACAGGCCUAUGCGGAGUACCGCGUCAUGCCCAAGUUCCGGCCGCACACGUCCACCCUCGCCGACAUGGUGCGCCACGUCUACUACCCACACAACGCUCGCGGCAUGGAGGAGGUGCUCAAGGACUGGUACAACGCCAAGGGCCGCCUCAGCUUCUGGGGCUACCAAAAGUACCUCGCCUUUUACGCGUCCCGCGGCGACGUCACGUCCGUCUACCGCCUGUGGGACGAGUUCACCACUGUCUAUCCCACGGCCAUUGCGAGCGCCCAAGACACCUUUGCCCACCUGCUCAAAGUGCACGCCGUGCGCGGCGACCUGGCCCAGGUCGAGCAGGUCUUCGCCGAGACGUCGGACAAGUACAACGUGAAGCCCAACAUUAUCUGCUGGAACAUCCGUCUGCACGUCUAUGUCGAGCGCGGCGACUAUGCCAAGGCCAUGCAGAUCUUCGAGGACCUCUGCGAGGCUGUCGCGCCGGACGACUACAGUUUCAGCACCAUCAUGUCGAUUGUCGGCGGCCGCGGCGAUCUCGAGCUCGUCUCGGACCUGUAUUGGCUGGCCCAGCAGUGCGGCGUGAAAAUCACCGAGGCCAUCAUCGACCCCAUUGUCGAGGCCUACUGCCAAAACGAGCGCUACGACGACGCCGAGCGCCUCUGCGUCACCACCACGCGCGACGGCACCGUCGGCAGCAAGCCGUACACGGCGCUCUGGAACACGCUGCUGCACCACCACGCGCUCCGCCACGACCUGGUCGCCGUCAACCGCAUCCUCAACGUCAUGACCCGCCUCCACGUCAAGUACGACGGCAACACCUACAGCGCCCUGCUCUUUGCCCUGGCGCAGUGCCGCCAGCCCCGCCGCGCCGUCGAGCUUCUGCGCACCGCCCAGGAGGACGGCAUCUUCCGUCCCGAGGCGCAUCACUACACCCUGCUCAUGAUGGCCUACAUUCGCAGCAAACAGCCCCACCGCGCCCUGCAGGUCAACCGCCUCAUGCACCACAUGGGCUUCCAGCGCUCCAGCCAGCAGGUCCAGAUGGUCAUCAAGGCCUUUAGCCAGUGGCAGGACUUCCCCAAGGGCGACGCGCCCGCCGAGGGCGGCCUGAGCGCCACCGAGCGCCGCGAUCUGUUUGCCAAGGCGCUGCGCGAGUUCCAGCGCUCGCUCCAUGUGCAGGACCGCCGGGACGCGUCCAUGCCGUCGCGCGCCAAGGAGGCCGUCGGCCGCGACGCCGCACGCAUGCACCUCGGCGCCGUCCGCCGCUUCUCGUUUGUCCUCUUCAUGCUGCUGCAGGCGCGCGACUUUGCCGGUGUCGAAGAGGUGAUGCAGCUGUACAAGUCCAUUGCGCCCGCCGACGAGCACCAGCAGCCCCUGCCGCUGAAGCUGUGCAACGCGCUCAUGCUGUCCGACUACUACGAGGGCCGUUUCGACCGCGUCAAGGAGAUGUGGCAGAACAUCCUGGCCCGCACCCAGGAGGUCAGCCGCCCGCAAACCUUCGAGACGACGCGCCUCGAGUCCAUCCUCGGCCACGCCAAGGGUGACCAUGUUGCGACUGGCAUGCCGGCCGCCCCUGCCGCCCGCCAGGAGUCGAAGGAAGACCGGCCCGUGGUCGCCGGGUUGCGGUACGGCCUAACGGACCCGCUCAAGACCAUGCAGCGCCUGUACGCUGCGCAGCGGGACCCGGAGGGGCUGAUGAACCUCGUCAACAACGACGCCCUCGCCAAUGGCUUCUUGCUCGACAACAAGAACUGGAACCACUAUGUGCAGCACCUCGCCCGCCUCGGCCGCACGCGUGAGGCCUUUGCCGUCUGCGAAGAACAGCUCAUGGGCCAGUGGAGCGGCUUUGCUCCUCUCCGUGCCCUCCAUCGCCUGCGAGGGGAUGGGGACGGCAGCCCGUCUGGCAGGAAACAGCAAGCACAACAGCCCCUGUCGUCCUCACUGCCGCAGACACAGGGCAGGGUACCAUCGGAAUCUCCCGAGGCGCGGGAUGCAGUCUCCGACGGCAACGCCGGCACCAACGAACAAGACAUGAACAAGACGGGCAGCGCCAGCCCACGCAUGUCGCGCCUGAAGCGCAUCCGCGAGAGCGCCACCCGCUACAACCGCCCCAUGACCUACACCUUCAUGGUCCUGGCCAAGGCGUACCUGGAGCUCGAGCAGAUGGCCGUGUGGUCGUCGGCCGCCGAGCGGCAGUUCCACGAGCUGGGCGCCAAGAGCCCGCGCACGGUGCAUGCGGUGCGGACCAUGGUGCGCAUGAACUCGCGCAUCGAGGGGCGUGUGUUUGGCGGCAGUGACAAUGUGGCCACCGACGUGGGCAUCUUUCCACCAGCGGACAUGGACCCUGCGCCGUCGGAGUCGGCGCAGGAUAGUCGACAGCAACUCGCCUCGCAACGCGUCUUAUGA